AUGGCGAGGAGCGUGCUGCGGCUUGGCCGGCAGUGCGCUGGACGCAGCGGAACAGCUGCGAGAUUGCCUGCAUAUUCCACUGCGCCGCCGUCAGCAGCAACAUCCACAACGCCAGCAUCAGCAGCAGCACAUGUUGCGCCGCUGGCGACAUGGAUGAGACACGUGGCAACGCAGGCACGGGCAAAGGAAGGAAAGGGCAAAGGAAAGGCAGUGAAGGGAAGGGAGCGAGGAGCACGAGCAGCAGGAAGAACGCCACGGCCAACGGCGUCGCACAAGCAUGACCGACGAGGAAGAGAUCGGGAACACGCCCGUAGCAAGAACGCAGCGCCUGUCCACCACUUUCCGGCAUUGUACAAGAAGGUGGUCAAGGGCUUCAACCAGACCUUCCGUGGCAACACGCACCUUGACAUGACGCUCGGCGCAGGCGGACGGCAGAAGUUCGAAGCGGUGACAAGGAACACGAGCGACGAAUUUUCUAGUCCCGAGGCCUAG